GAGAACAGACAAGUUAUGACACCAGCAUCAUCAGCAUCGUCCUUUGAUGAGGACUACUCAAUCUCAAGAACUGUGUGCGUAAUGGACGCUUCAGGUCCCCUUGGUUCCUCCCUUGUGGAUCGUCUCCUCCAACGAGGCUACACAGUCCACGCUGCCCUUCAGAAUCAUGGUGAUUCACAAGCUUUCAUUAAUACACUUCAUGUUGAGAAUAACAAGAACCUGAAGGUCUUCCAUUCCGAUCCCUUCGAUUACCAGAGCAUCGUUGAUGCCUUGAAGGGUUGUUCCGGCUUGUUCUACACCUUUGAGCCUCCCCGUCAUCAACCCACCUUCGACGAAUUUAUGGCGGAAGUGGAAGUGAGAACGGCGCACAAUGUGCUGGAAGCUUGCGCACAGAUCGACACGAUUGACAAAAUCGUGUUUACGUCGUCAGUAACGGCCGUUAUCUGGGGUGACGAUAGAAAGUCAACCCCGGAUUUUGACGAGAGGAACUGGAGUGACGUCAACUUCUGCAGAAAAUACAAGUUAUGGCACGCACUAUCGAAGACGGUAUCGGAGAAGAUGGCUUGGGCUCUGGCGAUGGACCGUGGGCUUAGUAUGGUGACCGUCAAUGCUGGGCUUAUAUUGGGCCCAGAUCUGUCAAUCACAAGCCCAUAUCAGAAAGGAGCCCCUGAGAUGUACAAAGAUGGUGUGUUCGUAACGGUUGACCUGAAGUUCCUCGUUGACGCUCACAUCUGUGUCUUCGAAGACGUCUCCAGUUACGGCCGUUAUCUCUGCUUCAACCACGUCAUUAACCGACCCGAAGACGCCGUCAAAUUGGCCCAGAUGUUAACGCCCACCUCUGCUUCUUCCUCUCCUCCUCAAAGUGACGAGGAUUCGAAGGUUUACGAACAGAGGAUCAGUAAUAAGAAGUUGAAGACACUCAUUAUGGAGUUCGCUGGGAGUGGAAGUAUCAUGGAGUGAAGAUAUCAGACCGUCCAAGAAAUGAACAGCUGGG